GCCCCGCCCAUUCCCUCCCCCAUCUCAUAGUACCCGCCCAGUCUCUUCCACGGGGGAUUUUCGAGCGAGCGCUCUGUUACAUGAGGCGGCGGGAGGAGAGAAGCUGCGGCCAGUGAGUGAGUUCGAAUCAACCUUCAACGAAGAAAGCAAUCGCACCCGCGACUGACAGGAAGAGGCCAUUUGUUGGUGGCAACUGACCAUUUCCAGGGAGUGUCCAGAAAAAUGCAGGAGUGUCCAGCCAUUUGGAGGGAGGGUUUCUGACGUCAGCCCUGGCCCGGAUCAUCGCACAGAGACAGUUGAGCAGGGUUCCCAAUAAGAAUAUUAGAAGACGUGAAAAGGGAAAUUGUUCUCUGAUCAAGCCAAAUAAUUUCUUACACCUCCUGGAGGAUUCAACAAAGCUUUUUCAUUUUCUAAUACAUGAUGCGUCUCUCAGGAGAGAAACCACAUCUGUGCUCUGAGUGUGACAAAAGCUUUACAUGUAAAUCACAGCUUCUCAGACAUCAGAGGAGUCACACAGGAGAGAAACCAUUUAAAUGUUCUGAAUGCAGCAAAUGUUUUUCCUAUAAAUCAACUCUCGUUAGUCAUCAGAGUAAUCACACAGGAAAUAAACCAUUUAAAUGCUCUGAAUGUAGCAAAUGUUAUUUCAGGAAAGCAGAUCUUGUUAUGCAUCAUGGGAGUCACACAGGAGUGAAUCCAUUUAGAUGUUCUGAAUGUAGCAAAUGUUUUUCCCGUAAGUCAUUCCUUGUUAUACAUCAGAGGAGUCACACAGGGGAGAAACCGUUUAAAUGCUCUGAAUGUAGCAAAUGUUUUUCCUGUAAUUCACAUCUUGUUAAUCAUCAAAGAAGUCACACAGGAGAGAAACCAUUUACAUGCUCUGAAUGUAGAAAAUGUUUUUCCCGGAAGUCACAUCUUGUUAGUCAUCAGAGGAGUCACACAGGAGAGAAACCAUUUACAUGCUCUGAAUGUAGCAAAUGUUUUUCCUGUAAGGCGCAUCUUGUUAGACAUCAGAGGAGUCACACAGGGGAGAAACCAUUUAAAUGCUCUGAAUGUAGCAAAUGUUUUACUGAAUUGUCUGGUGUUGUUAAACACCAGAGGAUUCACACAGGAGAGAAACCAUUUCAGUGCUCUGAAUGCAGGAAGUGUUUUUCUCAGAAGCUACAGCUUGUUGUACAUCAGAGGAUUCACACAGGAGAGAACCCAUUUCAGUGCUCUGAAUGCAGCAAGUCUUUUAUCAAUUCAUCUGCUUUAGUUGGACAUCAGAGGAUUCACACAGGAGAGAAAUCAUUUCAAUGCUCUGAAUGUAACAAGUGUUUUACCAGAAAGUCACAUCUUGUUUGUCAUCAGUGGAGUCACACAGGAGAGAAACCAUUUAAAUGCUGUGACUGUAACAAGUGUUUUACCAGCAAGUCAUAUCUUAUUUGUCAUCAGAGGAGUCACACAGGAGAGAAACAAUUUGCAUGCUCUGAAUGUAACAAGUGUUUUACCAGCAAGCCACAUCUUGUUCGUCAUCAGAGGAGUCACACAGGAGAGAAACCAUUUGCAUGCUCUGAAUGUAGCAAGUGUUUUACCAAUUCAUCUUGUUUAGAUAAACAUCAGAGGAUUCACACAGGAGAGAAACCAUUUACAUGUGCUAAAUGCAAUAAGUGUUUUUCCCAGAAGUCACAUCUUGUUAAUCAUCAAAGAAGUCACACAGGAGAGAAACCAUUUGCAUGCUCUGAAUGUAGCAAAUGUUUUUCUGAGAAGCAACAACUUAUUCUACAUCAGAGAACUCACACAGGAGAGAAACCAUUUACGUGCUCUGAAUGCAAUAAGUGUUUUUCCCGGAAGUCACAUCUUGUUAGUCAUCAGAAGAGUAAACACAGGAUAGAAACCAUUUAAAUGUUCUGAAUGUAGCAUGUGUUUCAUAAGUCAGUUAAUUCGUGUCAUGACCAUAUGUCUUUCAGGGAGCUGAUUUUUAUUCUUGAAAUGUGGCAAGUAUUUUAUAUAAACCAGGGGAUACGGUUAAUAUCCUGGCUGUUGAAAUCCCGACACCCGUUACAGUCCCGACAUUGGAAUUCCGACCAGGUCAGGACACCUACGCCGGAAGUCCAAUAGCCGUUAUCCUGACCGUUCUAAGUAUAGCCUCCGACCUCGCAUUACUGUGAGGGGGGGGGGGAUAAGGUUAGUCUGCAGCUAAGGGGUGUAGGGUUAGGCGGAGGGAAGGGAGGGUUAGGGGACAGGAAUUGGAUUAGUAAAAUCACCCCUGUCUGGAUUACAUACCUCAGGAUGCCGGCGUUGGUAUUUUGAACCCAUGUCCAGUAGAGAAAUCUGGCAGCUCUUCUCAGUACUGGGAUUCCUUCUAUGACAGGCAAAGCUAUGAGUACUGGUUAUUUCUACAGGAACCCUGUACAUUGUCCUGUAUCAUCUUUCAUGUCUCCUCUCUGGUUUCCCCUUAUACCUCUUUAUUCUUUCCUUCAUACCUUUCUGUUGCUGCUUUACAUCCUAUUGUGAUUACUAUGUAUUGUAAAAUGGUGCAGCUAAGGCUGGAUACACACCUGACAUAUAUGUUGGUGGAUUCGUCACACUGACUGAGUGGCCGAUCCAUGUAAGUAUACACACUGCUCGAUAUAUUGGCUCCUGCCAUGCAGCUGGGCAGGUUUUUUUUAUUUACCCGCCCAGCUGUUAUGUCAGCCCUCACAGCAAGUGUACAGGUGGUCGGUGAACAGCCUGUACAAACAGCCAGAAGGCCUGUUAUUUCUGUAGAUUUCUCGCCCAUUGGCUGUGCUGCACAGUCAACAUGAUAUAUCUGUGAAUGAAGUCAUUCAGACUUCGUGGGUACACACCUACAUUUAGGCUUACGAUAUUUUGGCUGUUGGCUUGUGUACUCUGCAUUAGACGCUGGUUAUCAUUAUCCCAUACUAACCAAUUAUUACAUAUGUUAGCUUGCUAACACUAGACAGGUAAUAGCCGAUAUCUGGUUGCUUUGGGUUACAGCACAUCCUUGCUUUUCACUUCAUGUUAUUUAAUAAGUGCCAAGGUGCACAUAUGGUGUAUUAGGUUAAUAAUAAAGUUCCUAAAGAAUAUAUUUAUUUUAAACUAGUAUCACAGUAACAGUAUGCACAAUACUAUGACCUAGUACAUAGUGUUAUAACUUAGAUAAAUCUAUCCUGUAUGUAAAGGAUGUGUCCAAAUAAUAAUCUGUAAUACCAUUUAUAUUACCAGCAGAUGUCCGCAUAACACUUGUUGAAUAAAAACUGAUCUGGAGAAACAUUU